UCGCGCUAACGUUAGCGCACUGUUAGCCUGCGAGCUAACCCCAUCGUCUCCAGGUCCCGUGUCGACCUGAGAAUAGCAGACGGCGGAGAGACACGGACAGGCCCGCGCAGCUGAACACUGUCCAGAGCCGCAGGCUGCACCGAGGAGCGGGACGAUGCCGCACGACUUCCAGCCCGGAGACCUGGUCUUCGCUAAAAUGAAGGGAUACCCCCACUGGCCAGCCAGGAUUGAAGAUGUGGCUGAUGGAGCAGUGAAACCUCCUCCCAAUAAAAUUCCUAUUUUCUUCUUUGGGACACAUGAGACAGCAUUCCUUGCUGCGAAGGACCUAUUUUCAUAUGAAAAGUACAGCGAACGCUACGGAAAGCCCAACAAAAGAAAGGGAUUCAAUGAAGGUUUAUGGGAGAUCCAGAACAAUCCACAUGCCUCCUACAGUGCCCCACCUGUACAAGCCAGCUCAUCCGACAGUGAGGGCAACAACGCCGGUGGAGGAAGUGAUGAGGAUGAGGAGGAUGAAGAGACCCCGGUACCUCAGAAAGCGGAGUCAGGAAGUGAGGUAGACUCAGACUCUGGAAGUGAAGACCGCGGAAAGGGAAGAGGCGGAGGAAGAGGAAGAGGAGCAGCAGCAGCAGCAGGAGGAGGGGGAGCAGCAGAAGCAGCAGGAGCUGGGGCAGGAGGAGGAGGAGGAGGAGGAGGAGGAGGAGGAGUGAAGAGAAAGCCACCGGCUCCAAAGCGGCCUCCUCCUCAGAAGAAGAAGGCUCGAGGUUCGUCCAGUGAGCGAGAUGUAGUGAGUGGAUCCCCCUCCGAAUCAGAACCAACGCCCUCAGAGUCGGAAUCUGGAAAGAACAGUGACCAGGAUUUUACUCCAGAGAAGAAAGCAGGGGGACGAGGUGGGAAAAAAGCAGGAGGGAGAGUGAAGAAAAAGAAGGGAUCAUCUGACUCAGAAUCAGGAUCCGGAUCAGGCUCUGGCUCAGAGAAAAAAGUAGUGGAGAGUGACUCGGAGGAUGAGAAACCUCGACCGGCCCUGUCUGGCUCAGAAUCCCGGUCCGGCUCAAAGUCUGAGUCAGACUCUGAUCCACCUCCUCGGAAAGGCCCACAAGCACGGAAGAAAGGUUCCACAGAGAAGCCUGCACCAAAGCCUCGUGCACGGAAACCCAAACCCCCGCCGGCAAAACGAGCACCUGCAUCGUCCUCCGACAGUGACAGCGACAGUGAACCCGACCGCAUCAGUGAAUGGAAGAAAAGAGAUGAGGAACGGAGGCGAGAGCUGGAGGAGCGCCGGAAAAAAGAUGAGGCCGAGGAGCUCCGCCGUCUACGUGAGAGGGAGAAAGAGGAGGAUGAUAAAAAGAAAAAAGACAAGGGGGAUAAGGGUAAAAAGGGAGACAACAGUGACAGCAGCAGUAGCUCAGAUGAGGGUGUAGAUGAGCACCCGUUGAAGAAGUCCAAGAAACCCCCUCCAGCUCCGAUUCCUGCACCUUCCGACUCUGAUUCUCCAGCACCAGCUGAGGCGAAGAGAGCACCUAAAAAGCCAGACAACCAGAAGAAAGCAAGAAUAAAGAAAGAGAAGGAGAGAAAAGAAAGGAAAGAUAAGAAAGAGAGACGGUUAGAGGAAAAGUCUAGAACCAGAGCUAAGCCUGAAAAACCCAGACGCAAACCAGAGAGGCCACCGGAGAAGAAAGUGGAAAAGAAAAAAGAGCCAUCACCAGAGGAAAAACUACAGAAACUCCACACAGACAUCAAGUUUGCACUCAAAGUUGACAACCCAGACAUAGAUCGGUGUCUACAAGCCCUGGAUGAGCUUGAGGCUGUGCCCGUCACCAGCCAGAUCCUCCACAAGAACGCUGAAGUUAUUGCCACGUUAAAGAAGAUCCGGCGGUAUAAAGCCAGCGCUGCAGUCAUGGAAAAAGCCAGUGAAGUGUACAAUAAGUUAAAACUUCGCUUUAUGGGCAAGUCAGAUGUACCAGGUAAACCUCAAACAGCCGACAAGGAUGCAGAAGAUGAUGACAAGGACCCAGAAGAAGCAGACUCCAUUCCAGUGAACGGGGACUCUGAGCAGAAAAAGGACAAUAUGGAGGACGAGGCAAAACCGAAAUUACCGGCCCAGGAGGAGGAUAAUGACGCUUCAAGUCCUAAUAGACGGAGCCCAAGCACUCCUGCUGACCACCAGACACACACCUAUGAAGAAGCAGACAACUCCAUCUCUGCAGAGGCAGAACCACCUGCUGUCGAAAGCUGAAAGACCCUGAACCACCACUGCAGGGGACCAAGCAACUAAAAGAAGGCGGUGGUCCCUUUUGUUUGGCAUCGUACAGUGCUCCCAGCUCAACAACAUCGAAAACACACACCCAGCAUCUCCGACAGCAUCUGUUACAUCAAAGUUGAUAUGUUGGAUAUUUUGUACUAUAAUGAAAUCAAGCUAGAACGCCCUGUUGCUCAAUCCCUUUGGUCCAUUAUUUAUCCCAGCACAACAGGAAAGCUUAUUUGUGUGAUAGUUUGUGGUGCGGUGUGAAACCCCUUUUUGUUUCUGAAAUGUACGUUUUUUUUUUUUAUACGACACUUGGCCCGUCCUGGAUCCUCAACCUGAACCCCUGCUCUCCUGGCUACUUCGUUCUUCGUACCACAUUAACUCUUACUUUGGUCUUUCAUACCGUAUGUAUAUUGAAUGAUUACAUUUUUAGCACUUGUAACCAGAAUUUAGGCUGGGGUAGUGUGAGAUCAGACUUUAAAAUGAUUCUUUGCGGGGACAUUGGGUGGAGACGGAGCCAUGCUUUGAGGAUUUUGUGCAGCCCUUAAAUUUGUUGGCUUCAUUUUUUUUUUUUUUUAUAAAGCCUACGAAACAUCAACGCCUCCUGUCCGUGUGUAUGUCAUUGUGAGAGUGUUGAUAAACUAAUUGUGAGUCUUUUUAUUAUGUUUUUUCAGUAUUUUUUUAAUUAUCUGGUUUUGAUCCAGUUAAUCCAGUCUUGACGAGUUGUGUCACAGUGAAACUGAACCUGAAGCCAUGAGCUGAGUCUCUUAAAUCUGUUUUCCAACUGAGGUCCACCUACUUUUUUUAAAUGCCUCGUUUUCAAAUAAUUUCAUCUUCACUUUUGUCUAAAACAAUAACUGCUGUGGAGUUACACACCUUGCACUCUCAUCUCCCUGUAGUGUCUGCGUUCAAUAAAUUGCAUAAUAAUAAACAGAAUAAAUGUACAGGUCGAAAAACUGCCUUUUAAGCAGUCGUGAUCUCAUGUAGCUGCAGUUUGUUUUGACAUUUCCACAUCAUAUGCAUACAACAGGUGUUUUUAGUGCUAUAUAAAUUGGUAAAGCAUUUCUAUCACUUAGUUGAGACUUGAAUAAAAAUCUCAGCAUGG